AGCCCCAGCUUGAAAAUAUAAAGGACCAAAGUGACAUGAAGGUGGAUAAUAAAGCUGUCAAACACCAGGCUGUGGACACAGACUACAGAAAUAACAACCUGGGUCUGGACAGAGGUCACCUGUUCCCGUGUUCGUACGCACCUGAUGAUGCUGCCAAGAGGUCCACUUUCACCCUGACGAACGCCGUUCCCCAGGCAAGUUCCUUCAACCAAGGCAGCUGGAGUACAAUGGAGUGCAGAGUCAGAGAAGCUCUUGAGCUUAACUGUAAGGAUAACAACAACAGGAUAGAAGCCUAUGUGGUGACUGGAGCAGUGCCCAGCAGCAGCAACACACUGAACAACAGAGUGAACAUCCCAGAUCUCAUGUGGACAGCCUACUGCUGUUACAACAGCAACCUGGGACAGUGGGUGGCCCAAGCACACUGGGGUGAGAACCAACAGGAGGACAAGGGGAAAACAUUGAAACCGGAAACCUUGGGAGCACUCGAAAAGGAGUUGAACAAAAUCUACAAUGUCGGAGUCAAGGUGUUUCACAAUAAAUGUCUAAGAAAAGUUGUAUUAGAGGACGAGACAGGGAGGAACUUAGAGGCUGUAGAAGAGGUUGAGCCGGGGAAAAAGAGGGUCAGGGAAGGGAGUGGAGAGGGGAACGGAGAGGGGGACAUAAAGAUGGCGAGAGCAUCAGGGGAGUUAAAGGAUUGUGAUGACGAGGAUGGAUGUGAUUGUGACUGUGAUGAAAAGUAAUGAGUUUUGUCCAGUGGUAAUUCCCACAACUAUUCAGUACACAUUCCCUAAGUUACAAGGGUUAUAAUGGUUUAAUGGUUAUAAGGGUUAUAGGGGUUAUAAGGGUUAUA